UGAAAGAAGAAUUUUAUGACAUUCUGUCAUAGUUCUUUCUAAUUUCUGUGCUGUGAUUUUUUUUGAGUAUAUAAUUUACAAUAGUUUAUUAAAAAUAUUUAUUAUUUGGAUUGGUGGUUGUGAUAUGAAAGAAUGAGUCAGCCUAGAGCUCGGAGGCCAGACUUCAAGGUUAUAGCCAGAAAUGAGGCGGAGGAGAAUGCCUACGACUAUGUCUCGCAGAGGACGAACGUCAAACAUACAAGCGUCUUUGGCUCCGUAGCCCAUAUAGUGAAAGGAGCCUUAGGAGGUGGCAUUUUAGGAGGACACGUGGCCUACUUGAAAGGUGGGCUGUAUGUCUCCCUGUUUCUCAAUGUAUUUUUUGGAUUCUACAUGGGCUACUGUCUACACCUUCUGGUACAAUCGGCUCAGAUACUUUACAAGAGAACACAGAUUCCGAGCAUGUCCUAUCCCGAUGUUGGCGAAGCCUCUGUUGCGUGUUUCCCGAACCCGAAGGUCGCUAAACUGUCGAAGCUUUUUCGUUACAUAAUAGAUGUUGUCAUAAUUGUGGAUUUGUACGGCGCCUGUGCAUGCUACCAGCUUAUUAUAGCGAAGUCUAUUAAGCAGCUGGUAGAGGAUGUGGAAAGAACAGAUAUGGAAGGCGUGAACGGACAUCCGCACUUGAAAGUUUACCUGGCCGCAAUGAUUAUACCGAUGGUGUUGAUUUGUCUGAUCACGCAUUUGAAAUGGCUCGCACCUUUCUCCGUCGUCGCCAAUUUCGUAGUUUUGUUGGCCAUGUUUGCGACUAUCUACUACUCGAUGCAGGUCAACCCAGGCUUUGCGAAUCUGAAGAGCCACUCCGAUUAUUACGAAACUCUGGAGUUCACCGGGAUGAUAGUGUUCAGUAUGUCGUGUGCGGGAAUCGUGAUACCAAUCGAGAACAAUAUGGCCGAGCCGAAAAAGUUUCCCCUGGCUUUGUUUUAUGGAAUGUUUUUGAUCGUCCUCGGCACUAUCAUGGUUUCCUUCUUCGGAUAUGUCGGCUACUUGGAUAAGAGCGAAUCGCCUAUUACUGUCAACUUCCCAAUGACUACCUUCCCGAAGAUUCUGAAAGGUUUGAUAGCGGUGAUGAUCUAUGUGACCCACGCCCUGAACUUCUGGCCCCCCUUCAACCUAUGCUUCUACUAUCUGCAGAAGUGCCACCCUGAAAACAAGGUGUUCUUCUGGGAGUUGGUCUACAGAGCGAUCUUUGUCAUCGUCAUCGCUAUAGUUGCUAUCGUGUUCCCGAAUAUCAAUUCCCUCAUGGGAUUCUUGGGAUCUGUCUGCUUGUCCAAUAUGGCGUUCAUCUGGCCCUGUCUCAUAAACAUUUUGGUGUUGUACGAGCGACCUGGCUUCGGGAAGUACAGGUGGAGAUUGUGGAGGAACCUUGUUAUGAUUGCAGUUGGCAUAUUCCUGUUGAUUUGCGGAGGCCUAGUGAACGUUAACGAGAUGAUUUCAGUGUUCAUACAAGCAAAUCUCUGAAACGUAGGAAUAUUCUCGAAGAUUUUUAUAGUACUAUGAGGUAAACACACAUUUUUGUCUGUUCCUCUACUCGUCAAGCUAAAAAUUUCCGGUAACGCGGCGAAAGAUCUAUAGAAGCUAAAAUUUUCCAGUUACGUGUGGAGAGGAUAGAUAGAUCUAUAGAAUGAUAGAACUCUUUCGAUACUCUUUUGUUAGCUUCGUAUGAAAAGUCUACAGAAGUUUUGGACUUGAUAAUAGCGUUUUAAUCAAGGCCGGUAGUUGUAGCUAUAUAUGUACUGAAGUUAAUAUAAACAAAUCACAAUACUCGAAUCUAUAUUCCAUUUUCCUAGAGGAACUUUGAAAUCUUAAUGUGCUAGUAUGCUAGUUUAUGAAAAUUGUUUAUUUUAUAAUGCUCUUACUUUUCCUUUAGUAUUAUUAUGUACCAAUUAUUCCAUAUAUUUCUUAUUGUUAUUACUUGGAAAUUGUUGUGAUAAAAUAGUUUUUAAUUUGUUUUUAAUAAACAUGUAUUUUUGAUUAUUUUGUUUCCUUGUUUAUUAUGAUUGUCUUUUAGAUCAUUACCGCAAGCACGUUCUAAUUAAACUACCGAUUGUUUUUAUUAUUGUAGUGUAGUGCAAUUGUCUUUAUUGGAUGUAGUACAGUUAGGCGAUUUCCUCACCGGGUCAAAGCGGGCUCUUUUCGUUUUCGUCUCUUUACGGAAUCUGUACAAAUUCUUCAUUUAUUUCCCGUGGUCCUAUUGCGUGGAUUCUACUGGUAGUAACACAGGUAUUUUUUCCAUAGUUCUAUCAAUAGGACUACGGACAAAUAAUAAGAAAACAAAUAAGUAUUUAUCACUUACUUUCCUGUGUACUUUUGGCUGUUUCUUGAGGGUAUAAUGGAAAAUUAAAUAUAGCUAACUGGCUGUACCCUUGGCCACAAUCCGAACAAUUAAUAGAUCUUUUUUUUAUAAAAAAAGGUUUUUUCACCUUUUUCAUUACCAGAACCUCUUACUAUAGUCAUGUAUCGUCUUUUGGUACAUAAUUUUGAAGAUAAUGAGUUAUAUCAUAUGGCAAGAUGAACACAUGCCGCGUCGGCCGUGUUGCACUAUGGUUUCUAUGUUCAUACAAAUAUUGUUAUUAAAUUUCGUAAUAUUGAACUUGACUAAACUACUUGAUGAGGAGCUCGAUGGCGCGGGUGGUUAGCGCGUUCGGCUGCGAUCGUUGAAGUUGA